CGCUCUGCGUGUGCAUUUCGAUAUCGUCCGCUGUUCUGGUUGAGAAGGCCAAAUAGCGACCGUCCGUGUACUUUAAGAUGUCUGCAGCAUUACGCCUGCUCUACAAUGUAUCCAGGACAGGGUCAUUUGUGGCCAGUCAAAAUCUUGCACGUCCUCUCAGCCUAUCGGCGCACAGAGCGGGAAUUAAGUAUGUCAAUAAUGAUGAGGAAGCCACAGAUAUGAAGUCCAUCACGGACCGUGCGGCUCAGACUCUUCUGUGGACAGAGCUGUUCAGAGGGUUGGGAAUGACUAUGAGCUAUCUCUUCCGUGAGCCUGCUACCAUCAACUACCCUUUCGAGAAGGGCCCUCUUUCUCCCCGUUUCCGUGGUGAACAUGCAUUGCGCAGGUACCCCUCUGGAGAGGAACGGUGCAUUGCGUGUAAACUAUGUGAGGCAAUCUGCCCAGCACAGGCCAUCACAAUUGAGGCAGAGCCACGUGCUGACGGCAGCAGGCGAACAACUCGCUAUGACAUAGACAUGACCAAAUGCAUCUACUGCGGCUUUUGCCAGGAAGCCUGCCCUGUGGAUGCCAUUGUAGAGGGCCCCAACUUUGAGUUCUCCACAGAGACUCAUGAAGAACUGCUGUAUAAUAAGGAGAAACUCCUCAACAAUGGAGACAAGUGGGAGGCUGAGAUUGCUGCCAACAUUCAGGCUGACUACCUCUACAGAUAGACAGUCUGUCAGGAACAUAUUUCAACACGUACAGUGACAAUAGUCAAAGUUUCAAUAGAUAAAGUUAGAUUUGGUUUUAGACAGUUACAGUUAUGCUGAGUGCACCUCAAAGCCCAGGGACUGACUAUUUUGAAGGUGCACAUACUUUCUGAUUUGUGUUUCAGUGUGAGCAUACACUUGCGGCCAAACGUUUGGAAUAAUGUGCAGAUUUUGCUCUUAUGGAAAGAAAUGGGUACUUUUAUUCACCAACGUGGUAUUCAACUGAUCACAUUGUAUAGUCAGGACAUAAAAAAAAAAAAAAUGACCAUUUGAAAAAAACAUUUUCAGAACAUCUUAAAUACUUCAAAAAUCCUCCACAUGCAGCAAUGACAGCUUUGCAGAUCCUUGACAUUCUAGCUGUCUGUUUUUCCAGAUACUCAGGUGACAUUUCACUCCAAGCUUCCUGUAGCACUUCUCACGCACCUUACAGUCUAGCUGAUCCCACAAAAGCGCAAUGGGGUUAAGAUCCAUAGCACUCUUUUCCAAUUAUCUGUUGUCCAAUGUUCACUCUUACCUUUUCUUUUUGUUUUUCUGUUUCAAAAGUGGCCAGUAUGGAUUUACUUCACACAAUCAUGUUCAUAAACUAUAUUGUUAUUAGUGUUGCUUCACAUUUAAACAUUUCUCUGUUCAUGCAAAACAGUUGUUGAGGUAAAUUCAGGAAUAAACAGCCUAAUGGCAGACAAACCAAGUUGUUCUUGAAAACUGGAUGAUGCAUACUGUGAGGCCAAUGAUAAAUCCUCAUUUCAAGGAAGUCAAUCCAUUUACAUUCUCCCUUCUUCCUCAUCCAAUUUAGAGGAUUUAAAAGAAGGUAUAACAAAUAAUAGCACUUCAUUGGUGGUGGUGUUUUGCUCUCGUAUACUUAAAGAUCAACAGUUUUGUUUGUCACUGUGAGAACUGUACAAAGACUAAAUACUUAUUUAUAUAUGUGGACUCUAUAAAUGAAUAAAUUAAA